AUGGAAAAGUGUCGUCGCGGCGACCUGGACUCUGGCACUCCGCAGUUGGAGCUGGAGUUGGAGUUGGAGUUCGAGGAGGAGUCCUGGGCUCUGGCCAUUGGCCAUUGGCACGUCUGUCGGUUUAUGCAACAUUUUAGCAAUUAUAUUCGCGUCGGGCGACAUUACAACGGCAAUUACACGCAGGAGCCGCAGGACAUGCCCGUGGGCGGAUGGCCGUGGAGUUUGGGAUGGGGGCGUGGCAUUCCGGCGGCCCUGUCAUCGUCACGUGGAGCGGCAACGUGAUCAACUGACGCACGGCUCUGAUGGACGACAGUUGCCGCCGCAGAGGGUCCUGUCACUGGCAGACUGGAUGAAUGCCCGAAUGUCUGGCUGAAUGGGCCACCGGCUGGCUGACUGACUCCGAUGACUGGAUGUGAAGUGCAGGACAAAAAUGUUGAACUUAAUAGCUGGAACUACGACACUGGGAAGUCCUUUUCCUAUAGGGAUAACUAAUAUGUUAGCGGUAAUUAAUUUUAUAGGGACAAAAGGUCCUAAAGUGCCAAACUAAAAAGAUCGAGAGAUGAUUAAUAAA